UUAACCCCUGAGCUAGAUUUCCGGUUUGCUUUUCCAAACACGAAGACGUGUUUUGGCACCAUUUGGUGGAUCAAAAGCAUGCAGAGGCUUUCACAUGAUUGAAUAAAAAUUCAAUUUGUUUCCUAAAGAAUUUGAAGCCUUCCAGUUGAAAAGGGCCAAGUGUUUUUGUCUGAGUUCAUGCUUGAUAGCUAUCAUUUUUGGAGAACAUGUAUUCAAAUAAAUCUGACUAUGACUACGGGCAGAGACCUCCCAACAACAGCAGAGAGUCCAGGCCCUGGGAAGAAGCAGCAAAGAGAGAAGAGUGGUCAGAACCUGCAAGAAAUUCACUGCAAGAUGCUUAUAACAACUAUAUUAAAUACAGUGAGGAUGGACAUAGUAGAGCAGAGAGAGUGGGCAGUAGAGGCCACGGUAAAACAUAUUCAAGUGAGCAUACUUCAGAUAAAGACUGGAGAAGAAAGCGGCCAUUGUCAACAGAAAGAACUGUCUCUGAGAAAAAACUAAGGACAUUUGGAGAUAAGGACCAGCGCAGAUACCAAGCUGAAUAUGCAGACUCAUACAGGCAGUCCCCAGAGCACUAUUCACAUGGUCAAAGAAAUGAAACAGUGGAUGAGGGUUAUAGCCAUAACAUAACACCAGAGGAGCUAAGCCGGUACGGCCAGAGACAAGAGGAGUUUCACUACAGUCAAUAUAAAGAAGAGUCACACAAUAAAUCAGCGACUGAGUACUACAAGGACCAAGACAGUCGAGAAAGGAGCUGGUCACAAGAUAGGACGCACUCAAGGGAUGUCUUUGAAAAGAGUUAUUCUCCACCAAGACUGAGGAGUGGCAGCUAUUCCAGGGACCAUGAAGACCAUAGUCCCAGUAGGACGAUGUAUCCUCUGAAUGGCUCAAGUCGGCAGACUGAACUUGGUCAUCACCGUUUGAGUCCUCCUCCUAUUCCUCCUCCUCCUCCUCCCGUGGAGAAGAAAAUGUCUAAAGGUUUUCAGCGUUUCCUUGAUGUCCUCAAUAUGGGCGUAAAUGUGGAGACUUUAACCAAGAUCGUGAAUCAGGGCUCUCCAGAUGUGAAUGUCCGGCAACCCUCAUCCCCUCCUCUACACACCAAUAGGCCAUGGACUGAUGAACCAAAUCUAAGACAGCAGUUCUGGCCCGAGACUGAGAGAAGUUCAAAACCACCUUUUUCUUCCUUGUCCAGGUCAUACAGCUCCAAUGGAAAAACUUUGUCUGAAGAAAGAGUUGUGGAAAGCCGCCAGUUUGAGAGAAAAUUUCCCGAAAAUAGAUCUGCAUCUCCAACAAACAAAAAUUCAAGUUUCGAAGAGGACAACAAACGUAAGCAAAUGCACGAUGUUUUACAAGCCAUUGGGAUCAAUUUAGAGUUUGAGGAACUUGGUCAAAUGUCUAGCCGGAUACAGGAACGUUUGUAUGGAAAGAAACAAACUGAGCAUGCUCUGGUUCAAAAAGAGGAGCUUGAGAGAGAGAGGAAGAGACGUGCAUAUAUUCCAAAAUGUCGCAGUCGAUCUUCAAGUGACUCCAGUUUGGGUUCAUUUAAGGACUACAAGAAAAAUCCCUCAUACAGCUCUCAAAAAGAAGAAACAGACUACUCUUAUUACACAGACAAACGCAGUACACAGCCUAGCGCAACAAAACACAAUGUUCAGAUGGUCCCUCCAACUUCUUAUAGCGUACCAAACGCUGAACUUCCCCCAGCUCCUGUUAUCACUCCUUCCUAUACUCCAACACCUAACUACCCACCUGCAUCAUCUGUGUUUAUACCCCAGUAUCACUCAUCAUACCCCCAACCACCUCCUCUCCCUCCUUUCCCUCCCCCGAAUAUGUUCCCCCCAUUUGUACCUCCAAAUGCUUCAGUCCCACCACCCCCAAUGCCUCAUCCCUUUCUCCCCAACCUUUUCAUUCCGCAUAAGCACCUACCCAUGGAGACAAAUGCACAGAAAGCAAACAGCAAAAAUCUGCAAAGGCCUCGCUGUUUACAGGUGAUUUCAACCAAAAAGUAAAUGUAAUAUACUAAGGACUAAAAAGACAAUUUUUAGUACUGAUGAGCCACUUUAUUUACAGUACACCUAAUGUUAGAACAAAAUAUUGAUUUGCAAACUUGAUUGGUAUCACUAAAUUGUUGGUACAACAUUGUUACUACUACUCAAUUUUUCAACCACCCUAUGACGCUCAAAGUUUUAAUAACGUAUAAGUAGUUUUCUUUGCAUGCAAGUGUGUUUUUUUGAACACUGCUUAUAUAAUUUGUCAUAUAUGGGCCUUCUUACAAAUUAAGUAGCAUUAUAGUUCAUAGUCCUCCUGAGAAUAUGCUCAAGGUUUCAGGUUGAUCUAUAUAUUGAUUGUGUACACAGAAAAAAAUAUUUUGUAAAUAUUAUAUUUGAAUUAACCAACAAUAAAAAGAUUUACAGUUG